AUGAACAUAAGAGCUGUCUGGUGGAGCACAACCCGAGUUCUCUUCACCAAAGCUACAGCAUUUUCCAAGUUCCGCAAGCCCACCAUCGAACUUCAGCACCAAGGAGUGGGCCCGUCCGGAUCGCAACUAGACGCACAGCGCAGAGCACAGGUAGAAGCGCCGUCUACAUCACCAGAGACGAAGCAGUAUAUUCUCCCUGGUGUAGGUCUAGGAACACUUCUCCCAAGCCCAAUCAUCCAUGGGGUCUACUAUAGCAUUCGCACCACAGCGACAUGUCAGACUGGUGCAAAUCUCGAGGUUGCCGCGGCAUCCAGCACGCGAAGCAUAACUCGUAAAAGCACUAUUUAUAUCUCGCCUAGACCGUUGCUUGGCCACAGGCCACAUCGGUACUUUUUCACGCUGAUUGUUCUCACCGAAUCGAUGAAUGGUAGCAAGAUGAGUCCAUGCGAAAGAGCCAGUGAUGAUGCGAGAGAAAAUGGAGUUGGGUCUCCUUGGAUUCGGUGA